GUUGCUCAUAUAACCCCGAGGUAGAAAACCAAAACGGGGAUCUACACGACCGUCUUUGAUCUCUUGAAUCUGAGAGAAGAAGAGUCAUGACAGACGCGCUCGUUUCUGAAGUGAGGGCUAUGAACACUUCUUCUUCUACCAGCACCGUUUGCGACGAAGCCAAGGACGUCAUGCCGGAACAUCAUUUCCCUCAGACGGAGGAAGGAAUGACGGAGGUACCUAUACAUAGAUACUUUCCGGCAUUUUCACUUUCAAAACAACUGAACUCCUACUCUACCAGCAACUCAGUUUUUCUUUCACUUUCUUCAUCUUAUUACGCAGUGUACUCUCGACGCAACCGCAACGUCGCAAAAGAACUUGCUCGACCAUCUAGCAGACGCUGAGUAUGAGAUCUGGCAAAAGUAUUACCAUUUGCUCGGCUUGACUGAUGCGAACGGAAAGAUUCGCUUGAAGGUACAGCUACAGACUAACUUGUAGCUCCUUCUACUUCUAGGUGUAGUUAGACUUCCACUUCAUGUUCAAGCAGCACUGUUCUCAGUCACUAAUUCGAAGCUUAUGCCAAUCAUACCGACGUUAGCACGACGCGUUUCAUGUCAUUCUUGUUUUUCAUCUCAUUCGUGGUUCUUAGAUCAUCAACUCUUUCCUUUACGCAAGUUCAUUCUUUUUAAGAGGUUCUUGAAGGUUAGUGUCAGAAAUACAAAUACUGCUAGUGUAGAGAAACUAGACCCACUGAUCAACACCAUCAGGGACACGUCGGCCAUGUAGUCGUAGAUGAUGAGGAGGCGCAGAGCAUUUUUCGCUUAUUGCUGUCGGUCGAAUCCGACAGCAAGGCAGUCUGGAAAGUGUGUCUCUACUUCGCUGCGCUCCCGAACAGAACGGUGCCUUUUUUGUUUGCUCUUUUUGUAAAUUUUGCAUUCUCCUGAUAGAUUAACACGACGACUACUCUCUCCGUAUUUCCAAAAAUGUCUGUCAAUGUCCUGUUUUGUACAAAUCAUCAUAACAAACAGGAUGAAGACGAUAUGAGCUUGGGCCGCUGGUUGCGCAAAACACUACCGGGAAUAUAUACGAAGAGCAAGAGUAUUGCGGAUAGAUGUCGGGUAUUCGUGGACGCAGAGCCGACCACUCUGGUACUACAAUUGUACUACAAAUAAGUAGAUGCUACGUCCAGUCGUAACGACUACCCCUAGAAGCUUCACCAAGUACUAUUUAAUUCAAUAUUCUUUUGAUUUUGAAGUCGAGUAAAAUAUAAUACUUGAGAAGCUGUAUUAUAAGCAACUAGACAUUUUAAUACUAUACAUAGGGGAUUAUACAAGUAACUAGCUGGGCCUUUGAAGUACCCUCUCCGAAUUUUCAGAAGCAACGGCGCCGAGGUAAUGACUUUGGCAGUGGAUACAGUGGGAUAUUCAGCUCGGACAGGUGCAUAGACAACUUGCUCAAGUACAUCGAAGAUUAUGGCCAGUCACACUGACAGUCUAUCUUUGCUCCACGGCGACGACCUAGUACUAGGGUCCGUAUGCUUUCUGCAGAUGCAGAUUGAGACAGUACUUCUAAAAGAAUUGCACGCUUUGGUAUUGUACCAGGAUCACUCUCACUCACUUUCAGAGUGACGCUCUAACAUCAGGAAGGGAAUUUCUCAGGCACGACUGGAAAGAGCUCUUCACUGCUAUACCGGAUGAUUAUGGCUAUUGUCGAAGUCCAACGACAACGAUUCUCAUGAAAUAGAGUUGAUCUUGAUUCUUCUUUUUUUCAAUUCCAGAAAAAUACAAAGAGGCAUACCAACAGUUCAUCUUUGUCUUCGCUGAUUUCAUUGUCAACAUGUUGAAUUAGCGAAAGAUGGAAAUGCUUACCAUGAGGCGGUCUCCGUUGCUCUGUGUAAGAAUCGCUUCAAACUUGACCAGGGAGUGUUAGACAUGAAGUAAUAGAUGACCACGCCCAAAGAUGACAACUGUACUCUCGCCACAAAAUUUGAUACGCACGCGGUAGAAGCUCUAUCUCUAACAAGGACAGGCAGGAGAUGUCCGAUUCCGACGCACAAGAGCAUCAAAAGGGAGCCGGGCGGUGGUAGUAAUACCUUCCUGGUGUCGUGGGUUUGGAUUUUACUCGGUGAUAAUAGAUCAACAGAAAGUUCAAGACUCGGAAUUUCAAUUCCACUGACCACUCCGAUCACUCUUAUACCAUGAUGGAUGAAUGUGUUCCACCUACAUGAUUGAAAUAUGAACAGGUGCGGCCAUCGUCUCCCGAAAUUAUUCACAACGACGUACAACUACGCACAGCGUUGGUGUGGUAAGCACAUUUUUGUGCAUGUGGUGAUACCGGCAUUGCUUUCGCAAGUGGGUGACGUACAGUCACGUGAUAACGGGAAACCAAGCAUGUUUGAUGCUGUCGGCGAGCAAUGUACUAGCAAUAGUGCCGAUCCGUGUGGUGGAGCGCAUCACAAUCCUACUACUUACUUAAUAAAACUAUAAUUUGUAGUCUGGAAAAAUUCGAUCAACAUUCAUUCAUCAACUUGUUCUUCAUGAUCUACUUUUUGUUCUACUUAUAGCUCCUGAACUUGAAGUAGACAGGACGGACGACUAUAAGCCAUAUGACACAAAUUCUGACAAUAUUGACAUAUAUCACAAUCACUACCUACAGAUCCAGACGGCUCACCUGAGGCCGAUACUAUUGAAGGCGAAGACUUUGCUGAGGUACCGAAUUCGUUGAUAUCCGUCGCCCCAAGUGGCAAGGUUUCGAGUUUCACAGAAAGAGAAGCCGUGGAAACGUCGUUUCCUGGUGAUGGUCCUAUGGCAGGCUAUAACUUAAUGUAGUACUAGUAGGCUCACUUGUUCUGGUGCCGCGAGAUCUUCCUGACCACCUCCUGUUCAAGAUAGCAGCUAGGCGACGACCUCUAAAGAUAGGAGUCGUAGGUUGAAGAUGUCACCACUGCUUACUCUGAUUGCCGACACUGUUACUCGUCACUCACCCCAUCUUCAUAAGUUUUUGGAACUUCCGCAGGGACGUUCUCGCAGACUUGAAAGAAAUCAAAGGGAUCAUUCAUCGCAUUGAAGCGCAUCAACUUCAACAACAACAAAAACAGAAUGGAGGAGUGGAGGAAUUUUCUGCCAAAGUUUCAGAAGAGCUACAGGGCAUUAGAAGUUCCCAUCGAGAAGAAAUACAGGAGUUGCGUCAGGAAGUAAGACAACUAGUUUUACAAGCACAGCACACAGUAUCCCAGGAAAUCCGGGAGUUGCGUCAUGAAGUAAAACCAGUUUUAAAACGAGGGGAGCCACAUCAGCAACAGCAGGAAGAGCUAAAUCAUCCGCCGCUGAAAAUGUGCCACAUUCCAAUCAAUAAGAAAGGUGAGCAGAUGGCCAGGAGCCACGAUGCCGGUGUCCCGUUUGUGUCUCGCACUACACUAACGCGCAUACUGAAAUCACCGCACGAAGAACUCGAAAACCAAGAGGAGGAGCGAAAUGUGCAGGUGAUCAAGAUGGCCGUAUGGCUUCAUUUAUUAAGAGUGAAAGCGUGAGAAUGUCGACGGCUACCAGUUCUCCGGCCAGUGGCCUAGGCUUGAGGAACAAAGACAAGAGCCGACAUUCUCAUAACAGCGCUCGUAAUUUAUGGCGGCACUCUUUCAUCAAAAGAUUUUGUUCCAAAUGCCUGGUACGACUCCAAAACCCGGCAACGAUGGAUGUGUGAAGACGAAGAGGCCAAUCUUCCGCAUCUCGUGUAUCGCAUCAAUUUCGUAGCUCCCAAGGGUGGGGGUCGGCCUUCCCACAGCGAGCAGAUCAAACUGCUGACCGAAGCGAUGCUCCUGCAGAUGUGCCGCCACGAUUACAUCGUAUGAACAGCAACUAUCCUACCCUCACGCCUCUACCUGGUCCGGCGAAAACUGAAAGCUUUUCUUUUAAUAUCCGUUGUUUCGUACUAUACUUGUUGUCGCCUUCGGCUCUUCCACAUCGGUCUCUCUCCUUGUCUUCCUUCGGUUCCCCCCCCUUACCUUCCCCUCUGUCCCCCAUCCAAAACGUAAUUGUUGGCUUCUAUUUAACCUUCUCCCGAUUAGUGUUCCUUCUGUUGUAUUUCUCUACUGAACUCGUCUGGCCUGAAAAAUGGAUUCUCCCAGCUUGCGGCAGCGUUCGUGGGUUAGUAGCGUAGAAGCCAAUCUCCAUCCUACACUUUUAAUAGAACAGUUUGUAGCACGAAUGGCGCAUGGGACGAAUGGCAUGAAUGGCACGCCCGAACAAACCCCAAAUGUGUCACGAAUGGCACCGAAGAAACCGCGCCCAUCGUGAAAGCCUUUUUUCCUUUUCCGGCAAAGGUAGAAAUGCGCAAGGUUUACAGCCCCGAACUCAUAAGUAGCUUGCUAAGAUAGAUGGCGAAGGGCUUGCCUGCACAGUUGUGCGCGCGAAUUAGUUGGCAGCUUAGCUGCCCGCGAGCGCGAAACUGCCACACACUGCCCCCCGGGCUGCCCCCUUUGCGAAAGCUCCGCAGAGCUUUUCAAGGGGAGGGGGGUAAUGGGUAAGAGGGCUACACGCUGAAGGUGAAGCGGCUGGCGAGUCUGCUGCCCCGCAUGACGCUCGUCGAAAGUGCCAGCGUGACCCUCUUCGAUAUCUUCCACCAGACCCCUGGCCACUUUCAUCCCGAGCGCUGCGAAAGCACACACACCACACCGAAGGCCCCGCCUGGCGCCAUCUUCAUUUCCCGACGGCCUCGACCCGAAGCCGCCCCAAGGCGCCGCGCGUGCAUGUGACUGCUGUAGCAUCAGCAAGCGAGAAACUAGCCAGAGGGAUCGGCAAGCAGAAUGUCCCCAAGCUGAGACGACAGUCAGAGAAACAGACACCCGCCUCGACGCUUCUGCGCCCGAAAAACAAGCCACAGAGUGGCCACAGAUUGGCCCCGUUUGUGGCAUGGUUCGCCAGAUGGUCCACUCCGCCACGAAAAUCAGGCACCUCGCGGCGCUUUUUCUGGCUUCGUUUUUUGGUGGGGCUUAGUAGGCUUACCUCUGAUCCUACAGGCUCACUUCAAGAAGUUCGCAAAACCUUGAGAGCCUCGUGAAAGUCUUGCUUGAUUUUGAACAUUCAUACUGCGAAGACCUUGGCGAACCGGGUCCAAAUCUUGCCGCCCUCUCUUGUUGGAACUUGGUAGGGCUACCUCUGGCCCUACGAGGUGACUUACGGACGCAUCUGAGCACCGCAAACGGCGCCACCUUGGGGCCAGUCUUCGACGCGUGUGCCGGGCUGCAGAGGGCCCGCCCGCCUGCCAGGUUUGGCGCCUUGCUGGUUGGAUGGGACUGCUCCACAACAAAUGCAAGCGCGGACUGGUCGCUGACGGGCCCAAAGUGCCAAGACUUCUGCCUCUUCGUGCGCCAGUUCUCCGCAGGUUUGGCAUCGGCACAGCUUGCGCGCAGAUCCGUGCCACCAGGCAAGUCUUCCGCCUCGGUGGGUGGGCUUCUUUCUACAAAACCGCGCCCCAAGCUCUGCGGGCCUUUCGCGUGAUGGGCACCGCGUGGCAGCUUUGCUGACAGCUAGCCGCGUGAACUAUUCGCGCGCAUAAGCGUGCUGGCGCGCCCUCAGUUAUCGAUUGUAACUAGCUCCUUGAGAGAAAGUUUUUGAGUUUUCGCCGCAACCGGUAGACGCGUGAGGGUAGGGAAAUUGUUUUCAUACAUCGUCGACGAAGAAGUAAAACGAACAAAAGAAGUAGUGGGCCUAAAGGAUAAGCUCGGCAGUGGCAAUAAUUAUGGAAAAAGUGAUGACAGACUAACUAGUACUACAGCCGCCGCCUUCGAGAAGGAAAUUCAUGGUGAUAAUGUGGACCCACCACGCGAAGUCGCACUAGGUAGGUUCAACUGGCGUGCUGGCUUUCUCCAAGGAUCUGCUGAAGAGGAGUACACAAAGUCACAUGAAAACCUGACUGAUAGCCAGUUACACCACGAUCUACAAUCGUACAUCGCGUCGAAUAGCGGAUCUAUCAUGAACACUCGCACUCACGCUCUCGAAGUAUUUUGCAAAACGCCACUAGGUCAAUCUGGCACGACGUCGAUGGAGAUUUACAGAAAAAUUGUGAUCGAGUUUUUGUUUAUCACGGCAAAACCGGACACAAUCAGCUAUCACUUCGAGAAUAUAAUAUAUUUAUGGGUUACCAUCAUCUUGCAUCUUUGACUUCACCAUCCUUCCCUCGUUUUUCAAUGGCGCUAAGUCAACUAAGAACUGCACAAAAACGGUCUUUAUUGUCGCCUCCUCGUCCUGGAAGUGCUCCGCUUAGCGACUUUUGUAACUUGUUUUCUCUUGGUUUUUCUGUCGUUUGGUUUCGUUUCAUGUGAGUCCCCGCGCCCCUCCAGAGUCCACCGCACCAGCCUGCAGAUGUGUGCUGGGGGAUUCUGGAGGGGCGCGGGGAUUUGGAGGGCGCCCGAGGUUCUUGGCUCGCAAUUGGGUGAGGGUUUUCCAGAAGGGAGCGCAGUAGGCGGCGAGUGUUCUGCGGAUUCGUAUCAUGCCCGAGAAGAUUGAAUUUUGUCCGGAUUUUUGCAGUCCUUAGUUGAAUUUUCUCCAUUCUAACUCCACUUGUCUGUGGUCGAAUUUUUCGCCAUAAUCGGAAAGGUUUGAGACACUCCGCCCGAGGUUCUUCGUUCUUGGGUCUUUUCAUGUUGUUAAGUGUUGGACUUUUGACCACCCGGCGCCCCGAAGCUCUCGCGCCGGGUGGGAUUAGUUACAAAGAGAAGCGACGCGCUGCCGCCUUCAAAUGGUCAGACCACUCACGCGCGCCGCCGUUUGUGCGCAGAUUGUCGGGGGGGUUUGCUGGCGUUGUUCGCACUCUUUUGAAGUAUUUCAGCGGGGAAGUUUGCGGGGGUUUCGCCAGAAUUGAAUAAACCUCUCUAUUGUUUGCCGCUUUCCUGCUCGCUAGGCCAUUUUUGAUGAAAAAAGUGAAAAGAUGUCUUCAGAUUUUUUUCCAAAAAUGGCCUUGCGAGCAGGAAAGCGGCAAACAAUAGAGAGGUUUAUUCAAUUUCGUGGCAUUUCUCAAGAAGGGCUGGACCGGUUGCCGCUUGAGUUCCAAAGGGCUCGCGCCUCCUCUUUUUGUUAGGUUUCGAUGGUGUGGCGUGCUCGCUGUGCCUCUGGUGCUUCCGCAGGUGGCUGAUUAGAAUGGCGCUAAGUCAACUAAGAACUGCACAAAAACGGUCACUAUUGUCGCCUCCUCGUCCUGGAAGUGCUCCGCUUAGCGGCUUUUGCAACUUGCUUCCUCUUGGUUUUUCUGUCUUUUGGUUUCGUUUCAUGUGAUUCCCCGCGCCCCUCCAGAGUCCACCGCACCAGCCUGCAAAUGUAUGCUGGGGGAUUCUGGAGGGGCGCGGGGAUUUGGAGGGCGCCCGAGGUUCUUGGCUCGCAAUUGGGUGAGGGUUUUCCAGAAGGGAGCGCAGUAGGCGGCGAGUGUUCUGCGGAUUCGUAUCAUGCCCGAGAAGAUUGAAUUUUGUCCGGAUUUUUGCAGUCCUUAGUUGAAUUUUCUCCAUUCUAACUCCACUUGUCUGUGGUCGAAUUUUUCGCCAUAAUCGGAAAGGUUUGAGACACUCCGCCCGAGGUUCUUCGUUCUUGGGUCUUUUCAUGUUGUUAAGUGUUGGACUUUUGACCACCCGGCGCCCCGAAGCUCUCGCGCCGGGUGGGAUUAGUUACAAAGAGAAGCGACGCGCUGCCGCCUUCAAAUGGUCAGACCACUCACGCGCGCCGCCGUUUGUGCGCAGAUUGUCGGGGGGGUUUGCUGGCGUUGUUCGCACUCUUUUGAAGUAUUUCAGCGGGGAAGUUUGCGGGGGUUUCGCCAGAAUUGAAUAAACCUCUCUAUUGUUUGCCGCUUUCCUGCUCGCUAGGCCAUUUUUGAUGAAAAAAGUGAAAAGAUGUCUUCAGAUUUUUUUCCAAAAAUGGCCUUGCGAGCAGGAAAGCGGCAAACAAUAGAGAGGUUUAUUCAAUUUCGUGGCAUUUCUCAAGAAGGGCUGGACCGGUUGCCGCUUGAGUUCCAAAGGGCUCGCGCCUCCUCUUUUUGUUAAGUUUCGAUGGUGUGGCGUGCUCGCUGUGCCUCUGGUGCUUCCGCAGAUGGCUGAUUAGAAUGGCGCUAAGUCAACUAAGAACUGCACAAAAACGGUCACUAUUGUCGCCUCCUCGUCCUGGAAGUGCUCCGCUUAGCGGCUUUUGCAACUUGCUUCCUCUUGGUUUUUCUGUCUUUUGGUUUCGUUUCAUGUGAUUCCCCGCGCCCCUCCAGAGUCCACCGCACCAGCCUGCAAAUGUAUGCUGGGGGAUUCUGGAGGGGCGCGGGGAUUUGGAGGGCGCCCGAGGUUCUUGGCUCGCAAUUGGGUGAGGGUUUUCCAGAAGGGAGCGCAGUAGGCGGCGAGUGUUCUGCGGAUUCGUAUCAUGCCCGAGAAGAUUGAAUUUUGUCCGGAUUUUUGCAGUCCUUAGUUGAAUUUUCUCCAUUCUAACUCCACUUGUCUGUGGUCGAAUUUUUCGCCAUAAUCGGAAAGGUUUGAGACACUCCGCCCGAGGUUCUUCGUUCUUGGGUCUUUUCAUGUUGUUAAGUGUUGGACUUUUGACCACCCGGCGCCCCGAAGCUCUCGCGCCGGGUGGGAUUAGUUACAAAGAGAAGCGACGCGCUGCCGCCUUCAAAUGGUCAGACCACUCACGCGCGCCGCCGUUUGUGCGCAGAUUGUCGGGGGGGUUUGCUGGCGUUGUUCGCACUCUUUUGAAGUAUUUCAGCGGGGAAGUUUGCGGGGGUUUCGCCAGAAUUGAAUAAACCUCUCUAUUGUUUGCCGCUUUCCUGCUCGCUAGGCCAUUUUUGAUGAAAAAAGUGAAAAGAUGUCUUCAGAUUUUUUUCCAAAAAUGGCCUUGCGAGCAGGAAAGCGGCAAACAAUAGAGAGGUUUAUUCAAUUUCGUGGCAUUUCUCAAGAAGGGCUGGACCGGUUGCCGCUUGAGUUCCAAAGGGCUCGCGCCUCCUCUUUUUGUUAGGUUUCGAUGGUGUGGCGUGCUCGCUGUGCCUCUGGUGCUUCCGCAGGUGGCUGAUUAGAAUGGCGCUAAGUCAACUAAGAACUGCACAAAAACGGUCACUAUUGUCGCCUCCUCGUCCUGGAAGUGCUCCGCUUAGCGGCUUUUGCAACUUGCUUCCUCUUGGUUUUUCUGUCUUUUGGUUUCGUUUCAUGUGAUUCCCCGCGCCCCUCCAGAGUCCACCGCACCAGCCUGCAAAUGUAUGCUGGGGGAUUCUGGAGGGGCGCGGGGAUUUGGAGGGCGCCCGAGGUUCUUGGCUCGCAAUUGGGUGAGGGUUUUCCAGAAGGGAGCGCAGUAGGCGGCGAGUGUUCUGCGGAUUCGUAUCAUGCCCGAGAAGAUUGAAUUUUGUCCGGAUUUUUGCAGUCCUUAGUUGAAUUUUCUCCAUUCUAACUCCACUUGUCUGUGGUCGAAUUUUUCGCCAUAAUCGGAAAGGUUUGAGACACUCCGCCCGAGGUUCUUCGUUCUUGGGUCUUUUCAUGUUGUUAAGUGUUGGACUUUUGACCACCCGGCGCCCCGAAGCUCUCGCGCCGGGUGGGAUUAGUUACAAAGAGAAGCGACGCGCUGCCGCCUUCAAAUGGUCAGACCACUCACGCGCGCCGCCGUUUGUGCGCAGAUUGUCGGGGGGGUUUGCUGGCGUUGUUCGCACUCUUUUGAAGUAUUUCAGCGGGGAAGUUUGCGGGGGUUUCGCCAGAAUUGAAUAAACCUCUCUAUUGUUUGCCGCUUUCCUGCUCGCUAGGCCAUUUUUGAUGAAAAAAGUGAAAAGAUGUCUUCAGAUUUUUUUCCAAAAAUGGCCUUGCGAGCAGGAAAGCGGCAAACAAUAGAGAGGUUUAUUCAAUUUCGUGGCAUUUCUCAAGAAGGGCUGGACCGGUUGCCGCUUGAGUUCCAAAGGGCUCGCGCCUCCUCUUUUUGUUAAGUUUCGAUGGUGUGGCGUGCUCGCUGUGCCUCUGGUGCUUCCGCAGAUGGCUGAUUAGAAUGGCGCUAAGUCAACUAAGAACUGCACAAAAACGGUCACUAUUGUCGCCUCCUCGUCCUGGAAGUGCUCCGCUUAGCGGCUUUUGCAACUUGCUUCCUCUUGGUUUUUCUGUCUUUUGGUUUCGUUUCAUGUGAUUCCCCGCGCCCCUCCAGAGUCCACCGCACCAGCCUGCAAAUGUAUGCUGGGGGAUUCUGGAGGGGCGCGGGGAUUUGGAGGGCGCCCGAGGUUCUUGGCUCGCAAUUGGGUGAGGGUUUUCCAGAAGGGAGCGCAGUAGGCGGCGAGUGUUCUGCGGAUUCGUAUCAUGCCCGAGAAGAUUGAAUUUUGUCCGGAUUUUUGCAGUCCUUAGUUGAAUUUUCUCCAUUCUAACUCCACUUGUCUGUGGUCGAAUUUUUCGCCAUAAUCGGAAAGGUUUGAGACACUCCGCCCGAGGUUCUUCGUUCUUGGGUCUUUUCAUGUUGUUAAGUGUUGGACUUUUGACCACCCGGCGCCCCGAAGCUCUCGCGCCGGGUGGGAUUAGUUACAAAGAGAAGCGACGCGCUGCCGCCUUCAAAUGGUCAGACCACUCACGCGCGCCGCCGUUUGUGCGCAGAUUGUCGGGGGGGUUUGCUGGCGUUGUUCGCACUCUUUUGAAGUAUUUCAGCGGGGAAGUUUGCGGGGGUUUCGCCAGAAUUGAAUAAACCUCUCUAUUGUUUGCCGCUUUCCUGCUCGCUAGGCCAUUUUUGAUGAAAAAAGUGAAAAGAUGUCUUCAGAUUUUUUUCCAAAAAUGGCCUUGCGAGCAGGAAAGCGGCAAACAAUAGAGAGGUUUAUUCAAUUUCGUGGCAUUUCUCAAGAAGGGCUGGACCGGUUGCCGCUUGAGUUCCAAAGGGCUCGCGCCUCCUCUUUUUGUUAGGUUUCGAUGGUGUGGCGUGCUCGCUGUGCCUCUGGUGCUUCCGCAGGUGGCUGAUUAGAAUGGCGCUAAGUCAACUAAGAACUGCACAAAAACGGUCACUAUUGUCGCCUCCUCGUCCUGGAAGUGCUCCGCUUAGCGGCUUUUGCAACUUGCUUCCUCUUGGUUUUUCUGUCUUUUGGUUUCGUUUCAUGUGAUUCCCCGCGCCCCUCCAGAGUCCACCGCACCAGCCUGCAAAUGUAUGCUGGGGGAUUCUGGAGGGGCGCGGGGAUUUGGAGGGCGCCCGAGGUUCUUGGCUCGCAAUUGGGUGAGGGUUUUCCAGAAGGGAGCGCAGUAGGCGGCGAGUGUUCUGCGGAUUCGUAUCAUGCCCGAGAAGAUUGAAUUUUGUCCGGAUUUUUGCAGUCCUUAGUUGAAUUUUCUCCAUUCUAACUCCACUUGUCUGUGGUCGAAUUUUUCGCCAUAAUCGGAAAGGUUUGAGACACUCCGCCCGAGGUUCUUCGUUCUUGGGUCUUUUCAUGUUGUUAAGUGUUGGACUUUUGACCACCCGGCGCCCCGAAGCUCUCGCGCCGGGUGGGAUUAGUUACAAAGAGAAGCGACGCGCUGCCGCCUUCAAAUGGUCAGACCACUCACGCGCGCCGCCGUUUGUGCGCAGAUUGUCGGGGGGGUUUGCUGGCGUUGUUCGCACUCUUUUGAAGUAUUUCAGCGGGGAAGUUUGCGGGGGUUUCGCCAGAAUUGAAUAAACCUCUCUAUUGUUUGCCGCUUUCCUGCUCGCUAGGCCAUUUUUGAUGAAAAAAGUGAAAAGAUGUCUUCAGAUUUUUUUCCAAAAAUGGCCUUGCGAGCAGGAAAGCGGCAAACAAUAGAGAGGUUUAUUCAAUUUCGUGGCAUUUCUCAAGAAGGGCUGGACCGGUUGCCGCUUGAGUUCCAAAGGGCUCGCGCCUCCUCUUUUUGUUAAGUUUCGAUGGUGUGGCGUGCUCGCUGUGCCUCUGGUGCUUCCGCAGAUGGCUGAUUAGAAUGGCGCUAAGUCAACUAAGAACUGCACAAAAACGGUCACUAUUGUCGCCUCCUCGUCCUGGAAGUGCUCCGCUUAGCGGCUUUUGCAACUUGCUUCCUCUUGGUUUUUCUGUCUUUUGGUUUCGUUUCAUGUGAUUCCCCGCGCCCCUCCAGAGUCCACCGCACCAGCCUGCAGAUGUGUGCUGGGGGAUUCUGGAGGGGCGCGGGGAUUUGGAGGGCGCCCGAGGUUCUUGGCUCGCAAUUGGGUGAGGGUUUUCCAGAAGGGGGCGCAGUAGGCGGCGAGUGUUCUGCGGAUUCAUAUCAUGCCCGAGAAGAUUGAAUUUUGUCCGGAUUUUUGCAGUCCUUAGUUGAAUUUUCUCCAAUAGAAAAACAAAAGAAGUGAAGGAUGUUCCGAAGAAUGUUGCAACGGCGGAAUCUCGAAUGCACCUCAACGGGGACCACGAGAGAGAUUCCAGUGCAUGAUUAACGAUAAUGACGUUCUUCUUCUUCUUCUUGCUGGCGACGAAAAUACUCGUAAAAGCAAGAAAUAUUUCAUGAGAAGCCGUGUCUUUUUUCAAUUGCAGAAUCUUUAUCUUUAAAUUUACCGUGAUGCUGAUGUAGUUCGCCAUUCCGUUUACAACUUAGACAUACUUGGUGUGAAAAAUGAAGUAGAACAGCAGGACUGGAACUGGAGCUAAGAUGAAGAACAAUAUCAUAUCAUCAUUGCAAAUACUUUGUACAUUUUUAGCAACUAAACAAGUCCAGCAAAGCCUCAGCCACCAACUGGCUGUAUCGGAUUUGACCAUUCUCUCACCUUGACACGGAGCAAACAGAUUAAGUAUAUGUUGAGUAUUAAAUUGUCCCUCAGUCUUUCUGUGGCUGUAUUAAGAUGUCCUCGAACUACCCCAAGAAGGUAGAGUAUAUGAUGUCCAUAUUCAUUUACGGACAUCGGAAAGGCAGAUCAAUGAAGCAGAGUGGGAAAGGAAAUUCACUUAUUCCGAA